UGAGCGGAGGACGUUAGCGGGCGGUCGGGGUCCGGCGCCUGCGCGCUGCGGGCCCCGGGGGCCCCGGUCCAGACAGAGACAGAGACGGGAGGAGGAGGGAAGAUGGCGGCCGUGGUGGAGAAUGUAGUCAAGCUGCUCGGCGAGCAAUACUAUAAGGAUGCCAUGGAGCAAUGUCACAACUACAACGCCCGCCUGUGCGCCGAGCGCAGUGUCCGCCUGCCCUUCCUGGACUCGCAGACCGGCGUCGCCCAGAGCAACUGCUACAUCUGGAUGGAGAAGAGGCACCGCGGCCCCGGCCUGGCUUCUGGGCAGCUGUACUCCUACCCGGCCCGACGCUGGAGGAAAAAGCGGCGGGCCCACCCCCCGGAGGACCCCCGGCUCUCCUUCCCGACCAUCAAACCCGACACCGACCAGACCCUGAAGAAGGAGGGGCUGAUCUCUCAGGACGGCAGCAGCCUGGAGGCCUUGUUGCGCACCGACCCCCUGGAGAAGCGGGGCGUCCCCGACCCCCGGGGGGCGGACGACGACAGCCUCGGCGAGUUCCCCGUCACCAACAGCCGCGCGCGCAAGAGGAUCUUGGAGCCCGAUGACUUCCUGGACGAUCUGGACGACGAGGAUUAUGAGGAGGACACCCCCAAGCGCCGGGGCAAGGGCAAAGCCAAGGGCAAAGGCGUGGGCAGCGCCCGCAAGAAGCUGGACGCGUCCAUCCUGGAGGACCGAGAUAAGCCCUACGCCUGUGACAAUAGUUUCAAACAAAAGCAAACCUCGAAAGCGCCCCCGAGAGUCUGUGGGAAGCGCUACAAGAACCGUCCUGGGCUCAGCUACCAUUAUGCUCACUCCCAUCUGGCGGAGGAGGAGGGCGAGGACAAGGAGGACUCGCAGCCGCCCACCCCUGUCUCCCAGAGGUCCGAGGAGCAGAAGUCCAAGAAGGGCCCCGACGGACUGGCUCUGCCCAACAACUACUGCGACUUCUGCCUGGGGGACUCCAAGAUCAACAAGAAGACGGGGCAGCCAGAGGAGCUGGUGUCCUGCUCCGACUGCGGCCGCUCGGGACACCCCUCCUGCCUGCAGUUCACCCCGGUGAUGAUGGCGGCCGUGAAGACCUACCGCUGGCAGUGCAUCGAGUGCAAAUGCUGCAACAUCUGCGGCACCUCCGAGAACGACCUGCUCUUCUGUGACGAUUGUGAUCGUGGCUAUCACAUGUAUUGCCUCACCCCGCCCAUGUCCGAGCCGCCCGAGGGGAGCUGGAGCUGCCAUCUGUGUCUGGACCUGCUGAAGGAGAAGGCGUCCAUCUACCAGAACCAGAACAACUCCUGAUGGGCCCGCAGCCCCGACAACCGCCCGCCCCACACAAACAGGCUCUGUCUUCCCCCACUCCUCUUCUUCCUCUUCUUCCCAUCCCCACCCCUGUCCUCACCCCCAGCCAUCCCUUUCCCAGGCCCCGGGGAGCCUCGGGAGAGGAGAGGCCCCGCCUCGGGUCGGAGGGCAGAUGGAGUCCGUGCCCGUCCUCUGGCGUAGAGAGCCAAGCCCCCCCGCACCUCCCCGCUUCCUCCAAAGUGCAUUCACUCUGCCUGCCUUGGGUCCAGCCCGGCUCCCCAGUCUCCCUGCCGGGCCCCGUGGCGGGGGGUGGAGACCGGGGAGGGGUUACCGGCUGUCACCCAGCGCUGCCCACUGUGUCUCUGGGGAGCCGGGCCCGUCGGGAUGCCCAGAACGGCCACCGGAGGCGGGGAACCUCCGCGUUCCCAGCCCCCGCUGCCCCUUGUGGGAAUGGCCCAGGGCCCCGGGGUACCCCCCCGGCACCGCCCCCGCCACCUCACCCUCCCCGUCCGGACCCGGAACCCAAGAGGCCGGGGGAGCCAUCCCCCUGUCCCCCCGGCCCCGCCCACUGUGCCCAGCACGAGGGAGAGUAGCGCCCGCCGCUGCCCGUCCCCUCCCGCCUGGUUCCCCCGGCCUGCACCCCAGGGGCCCGGCCAAGUCCCCGCCCUCUGCCCCCCCAGCCCGUCCUCCCUUCGCCCCUCCUUAUGUCGAGGGGGGGCGGGGGGCGGUGCCAGCUGGAGCCGCAGCCCCAGGGUGACCUGGGAUAAUGUGCCUGUUUUAUAACUACUUCGAGCCUACCUCCAGAAUCCCCUCACCUGGCCCCGGGUGUGGCCCGGCCCCCUCCCCCCUCGCACGCUCGCUAGCAGCUGGUAAGGCCUCGACGCCCCGGUCCCCUCCGCCUGGCACCGCCCCUCCCGUCUCACCCCCCCCCCCCCGGGGUGUGCCGCUUCUCACCGUCGCUUUGGAGUCGAGGUUUUGUGUUGGUUUUUUUUGGUUUUUUUUUUGUUAAGUUUCCUGUAUCCCAGACAUUGGUACAAUAAACAUUUUUACACAGAGA